AUGAACGUUGUGGAGCUUCUGGAGAAAAAACACUUUAAGGCCAUAGAGAGGGGCAUCGAAAGGAGGAAGUUGAAAAAGUACUUCUUCGCCUUUUUAAGGUUUAACAGUUUGUAUAAGGGGAAGAACAAAGCUGUUGGGAAGCUCUGGAGGGAUAUUUCAGCUGGGGGGGAGUACCUCGACACGUUUAAAUCUUUCUCAUUUGUGAAUUUUAAAUAUGUAUGCGAGUUUGUGAAGCGAUUGGGGGGGGAAGUGAGUAGUCCUCCCGAAGGGGUGGAUGGGCUGCACACAUUGGAAUGGCCAUACUUGUCACCUCCUACUGUUGGAGAUGACAUCGAGAGAGACCCCCAAAGGAUUGCGGAUCUCUUCCUCGUACAGUUGUUCCGUGUGGUGAGGCUCCAUGGGAAGGUGAAGAAGGGGUGGGAGAGUGACAACACCGAGUGUGAAGGUCCACUUGGAGGAGCACCAACAAAUGAGGACAAACCAAGUAUGGAUAUACCCCACCUAAGUGACAUUAUAUUUAUUAACCAAAAAAGGGAGUUUGAAAUUUUGUUCAGUUUAAUGCACCCCCUUGUGCAUAACAUAUACGCAACGAACCUCAUCGCAGACGUGAUGAAGAAGUCCCCACCUGUAGACAUGGAUAAGUGCUACAUGCAGUUGCUCAUUUCUGUGUUACUUCAUUUGUACAAAAAAAAGAAAGACGUCCUUUUUUUCUAUUUUAUGAUAUACAAAAAAUGGAAGGGAGUGAGAAAAAACAUUUCUAACAGCGUGGAAAUUAUGACCGAAUGGGAAGCAAUAAAAUAUCUUGUCAGAAAAAAUAAAAAAGACAUUUACCAUUUUAAGUGUUUGCGAUACUUUCUCCUUAACCUGUGUGAUCGUUCUGCUAUUCAGCGAAUGUUAAACUACGUCUUCUCCUUUUUACGUGAUCUCUUUUCAUUCAAUUGUCCAACCAUUUGGGAGAUGGAUUUUUGGACAUACAGGAAGGAAAGCAACUUUUACGAGUUUGCCUUUUUUGUUUACCUUUCUGUGGAAGAUCUGUGUGACCCAGAGUUUGUGUUUUUUCUCCCUCCCAUUGAAAAUAUAAAAAAAUUACUCCAAUGUGAUCAGCCAACUGGUGGGAUGGACAUUUAUUUGCUACUCCACUUUAUCGACAAAUGUGACUGCGAUAUUUCCCUGAAAUUGAGGCUCAUUUUGGUGUCCCUCAUAAGAUGUGCAAAUUCGCCUGACUUGUUCAGGCAAAACGAGGAGAACUUCUUCAAUUCUGUGGUGGAGCCGGCAACGGCGCAGCUACUGGGUCGGGUGCAGUUACCGGGUGAGGCACCACCCCAUGGAAGUCCCCCCCCGGAGCAGCGCCGCAUUGCUCAGUUCGUGUCUACCUACCUGUUCGACAAGGACGAGAUAAUCCUGCACACCACGAGGAAGGAGUCCUUCUUUAACGCUUCGUGUAUCGUAAAGUACGUCCACGUGAGCUGCUACAAUAUCGUUAACAACAGGAAGGAGUACACGGUGAAGUAUGAGCAUCUGGAGAGUGACGACCAAGAAGGUUCCAUAGCCCACCCCUAUGAGUAUAACCUCCACAGCGAUGUGACCAAUUACAAGAAUUAUUUGUCGUCCAGCGUUAGUGGAAACAUAUGCAGGAAGUAUGCAACGUUCGUAUCGGUCCUCCUGCAUAUGAACCUACUCCUCUUGAGUGAUAUCUGGAGUUUUACACUGAUCAAGUUGGUGGAAAACAAUGUAUUCUUCCAGCUAAUGAAUCUUUUCAAGCUGCAUCGGAAGAGCGCACUUUUGUGCCUCACCGUUUCGAGCCUCCUGAAGGUGCGUUACGAGGCUGUCCAGGAGUACGUGCGCGUCACAAGCGUUGCUGGUGGUGGUUUCGCAGGAGGAUUGUGUGAUGACCCGGUCAGCCACCCGUAUGAAGAUUUGUGUGGACACUUCCGUGGAGAUUUCCGUGAAGACCUGGUUGGACCCGCUCUCGCCAAGAGGUGCACGCUUAGGAAAGACGUGCUGGAGUACUUAACCAACGAGAACAAGCUGAUGGAUAUCCUGUGCUACCUAUCGAUGAAUAUAAAAAAGGACCUCCUAAAAUUACCGCUAAUUAUUCUAAAGUUUCUUUUUAAAAAGGUACUAAAGUAUUUGUCCAAGCCCAUACACGACGUGAAGAAGAGCAUAAGGCACUACUUCGACAGAAUGUCCUUGAGGCUAGGUGCCUACCUGUUUGAGCUAAUGCUUGUAAUGGCCAGCUGGAUUUACUACCAAGGGGAAGUGCACUCCAUAGGUCAUUACAGAAAAAAGUUUCACCUCUUCCCCGUAUACUUCACCUUGGUGGACGUCUACGUUAAAUUCGCUGAAAAGUACAGCGAGAAGAACAACGCCGUUCUGCCGUCUCUUUUAAGUUACUCUUUUGUGCAGGGCUUUCUUUUCCUCUUUGACUACCCCAGGGGGGUUAUCACCAUGGGGAACGGUCUUUCCAGUCGGAACGGAGUUAAGGAUGCUGCUAAUCCAUUCGUUGGUGAGGAUCAUCAGAGUGGUGCACGGGGGGAGAAGAAGAGCCAACUGUUGAAGCGAGCGUGCAGUGAUUAUCCCUUCACCUGCGGGGGUAGCCAAAGGGGAAUUCCCCCCCCGAGUUGCAGAAUAACACAGGUGGACGAUAUGAACCUACUGAAGCAGAGCGACUACAGUUACGUGGACCUACCUCAAACGGAGGAGAAAGGAAAGAGAAAAGGCAUCGACCCCGUCGUAAAGGAGAAUAGUAAUAGUGAGGACUAUUCCCAACAUAUCGUCUCCAUGACGAAAAAAUUUAUUGAAGAAAAUAAAAACCAAGUGUGCUGCUAUUUGUAUACCCUCCUUAUGUUUGCCAUUGCGCGAGUUCACACUUCCGUCUGUUACAGAUAUAGGGAGAUUAACUACCUGGUCAUUUUGCACGUCCUUCCAUGGAAGAGCUGCUUGGACUUCUGUAGAAGGGAUUCCCAACUGAGUUGCUUUUUUUUCCAAAAGUGGUACGAAUGUGUUCAUGCGUUACUACCGGAAAUUGUCCUCACGCAGUUUGCCGCAGGGGUGGAUAACACUGACAUGGAUACAGAACAGAAUGGAGACGAUUACAUCAUUCCUGACGUCGACAUAUGCACAGUUGGCCCGUCGGGGAGUUACCCCCAUGUGGAAACUUCAAACGGAUUAUACGCCCAAAUUGUGAGGGCCAGAGAAGCUAUGGGGAGGCUUUUCCUUGGCGAUAAGGAGAAGAGCGCAGCCAUUUUCGCCCCCGAUGGAGUAAUCAUCAUGGGGUUGGAAAGUUCGUUGCUCAGGAACUGCCUUAUCGUGAUUACCUUCAUCGAGGUGAUCUUCUUAAACGGGGGCGGUGCUAUGGGAAGUGGUUCAACUGAAGGGAACCCUCAUCUAAGCGGCGCUAUUGGUAGUGACCCCAAUUGCGAUGUAGACCCCCCUACCCGCAUACGCAACUUCGCUCAAAUGAUGAGAGACCUGCUGGACGAAGAGCUCUGCGCGCACUACAUCUCCGUGUUCCAGAACCCACUAAAUUUCUUCCUCAGAAUUUCGCCUAAAUAUACCGACCUACUGAUCAGGCACAACUGCCUGGAUAGCCUGAUGUGUUUUCUUUUUACAAAAUUGCAGAACUACCUAUCGCUCAUACCCCCCCGUCUGUGCACGGAAGACUUCCUACCCCUGAACGUGGAGGACAUCGUGGCUUUGCAGGAGACGGCCGUGGGGCAGUGUGUGCUCAGCCUGCAAGGGGAAGACGCACACACCAGGUACGAAGGGGGAACGACAAACGAUCCGACCGAAGCGACCAAACCGAUCGAACCGACCAAACCGACAGAACCAACCGACCUAACUGGGCCAAUCCUUGGAGACCUGAAUUUCUUCCUAAAAAAAAUGGAUGCGCUGGUGAAGACGCUGAGCGAAAGCAGCCUGCAGAGUCUGUGCGAGUCGGGGUUCGACACGCAGAGCGCCUUCUACCUCUCCUUCUACCUCCGUCCAGCCACAUUCCACACGGUAUUCCACUACCUAGCAAACAAUAUGCUGGCCAUAACAGGUGAUAACUUUAACUUGGAAGACAACGUCACCUACUACAGGAGUAUUCACAUAAAAGAGGAGGAAGCCGUUUUGAAGCCAUACAAUAUACUGAACAAGACAACCUUCUACACACAAAUGGUGGUAUUUUACCUGAUCGUAAACGCCAACAAUGAGAGAAUCGAAGUGGAACCCUACAAGAAAAGUUUGUGUGGUUACUUUAAGAGUUGCCUGCAGGGAUGCUUCAGACCUUACGUGGACCACUUUGUCGAAUCCAUCAUUCCUACCAUGCUACAUUUUUACUAUUUCUUCCCAUCCUUUAUCCCUGAGGUGUUGGAAGGUUUAAUGCAGAUUGAGCUGAAGCAGGAGAACGAGCUGCUGUGCAGGGAGCUGUCCCUAUUCGAGAAGCGCAUUCGGCGGGUGCUAGAGGUGUCCUACGUGCACAGUCCGGAGGGCGCCGAACGAAUUGGUGCUGCCCACCCGGCGGGGAAGUAG